GAAUCUUAACAAAAUAAUUACGUAUUUACUUUUUUAUGCCGUUGCCACAGAUACUGAAGGUGCUUCAAAUAUUCGCCUAAACGCAGUCUCGUAGAAAUAUUCAACAUUUUCAAAAAUUAAUCUAUAACCUCAUGUGCGCGUGAAAUAAAUAAUGUGCAUUGUAUAUUACAAAUAUUUAUGUUAGAAAUGAAUCACUGGCAUUUAAAACAGUCUCGUUCGUAAAAAAAGAGCUUUUAUCUUUCCGGUUUUUUUUCUUUCAUUAUAUAUAUAAUCGAAAAUAAUUUCGGAAAAUAGUCCGCGACGAGCGCGACGCAGAUUUUUCUCCGAAUGUAUCGAGAUGAGCUUCCAUCUGUCAACGGUUGGAGGCGUUAAUAGGCUGACAGCUGUCCAGAAAUGCGUGUAAGUUAUUCAAUCGGCGAAUUUUCAGAUCGCGAUAUCAUUUCCUCGAGUUUUGCCGCCACGCAAUAAUUUCCACCCCCUCCUUCAUCUCUCUCGCAAAACACAUACAUUUACAUACACGUAUCUACGGUAUAAGAAAAGAAAAAAAAAACGUACAUAUUACAGCACGUAUAACCUUAAUGGCGAUUUCAUGACAAGCUACAUGACAGUUGAUAUGAGUUGUCGAUUCUUUCGCGAAAGAUUAUUGCAUCUAGCAGAAGUCACACGCAAUUAGCAAGGUGUCGCGCGGAUUAAAUCGCCGGGUUAGGUUAGGUUAGGAUUGGGUGAGGGUGGGUUUUCGUACUUUGCACGAGUCGCGCUUAUUUGUACUUUUAGUACGCUGAAAAAAAAAAAUGGCGUCCACUUAAUCAACUUUCCGCUGAACGCGAGUCGUGAUCUGUUUUGAUUGAGUUGUGUUGUUGCCGCUUGAGAAAUCGAUGAUGAUGAAACUAGGAUAAGGAUAUUAACAAUUGUGAAUAAAACUGUAGGUGAAGGACGUCGCAUUUGAUCGUUCUGGGAAGACAGAAUAUGGGCCUAAAGGCAGCUGUUCAGGCUCUGAAGAAAGCGGAACCAUUGAAAGAUAAGGUCCAACGCUGCAAGGAUUUGUUGAAUGAUAAUGACGCCUGGGUAUGUCAGCAGCAGUUGCAAAAAAUAUACCAACAGGUCCUCAUACUGGAUUUGGAAUACGCCCUGGAUAGGAAAGUAGAGCAAGAGCUGUGGAAUCUUGGAUUUAAGAACUAUAUAGCGACUCUGCAGUCACAGGCCAAGGACAGGAAGAAUCCCAAGCGUGGUGAAUCGCAAGCGUUGCUCAGCUGGUGCUUAGAGGCGGCUAGCGGGUUUUAUUUGACCUUGCUGCAAGAAAUUUGCACUGUAUUUGAUUUGGAUCUACCAUUUAGAAGGAAAGGUUAUGUAUAUGGGUGCACAUCCCCAUGGAAGGCUGUUGAAAAAUUAUCCCCGCCUCACAAGUCAUCUUGUUUUUAUGCUUGCCAAUAUUGCCUUGUACAUCUGGGUGAUAUUGCACGAUAUAGAAAUGAAAGCAAGCAAGCUGAGAUGUUUUAUAGACAUGCCGUUUCGUUAUCACCAUCCAGUGGGCAGCCUUAUAAUCAAUUGGCGCUCUUGGAAGCAUCCCGUGGUGACAAAUUAGGAACGGUGUUUCAUUAUGCACGUUCGGUAGCUGUCAAGCAUCCAUUUCCCGUCGCCAUGGCAAAUCUCGCCACGACUCUGUCCUCCGCCUUGAACGACAAAUCUUUCAAUAUCGACGGCAAGACCAAAUUGAACUCGCAGGAGUAUAUCGCUGUCUUUCUGAAACUUCACGGAAUAAUUCACAAUUUUGGCGAUUUGAAGCUUGCGUGCUCGUACAGUAAACAGUUGACAGAAACGUUAACCGCGUUGGUUGCCACCGAGAGUUUCAGUCCAUGGAUGCUGAUACAGAUGUUGGUAAUCAAUCUAUAUGCUCUGCAACAUGCGACCGGAGUUGGCACUGAUAGCACAGAAUCGUUCAGAAACGAGCAAUUGACCAACGAUGAAAAACUGGCCCGUGACUGUAUAUUGGACCUAAUUGCGGGCACUCUGUCUGCUUUGUUGUUACCCGUUUAUACGAUAAAAAGCUCUAUCAUCGAGUACUUCGCGUUGCCUUCUAUAAAACUGUGCCUUGAUUGGAUCAACAUAAAACCCACGGUUUUGGAGGAAGUUGCUUUUACAUCAAGAUUACAGAUAUGGCCCAGCCUCUGUGUGCUUUUGAAUGCUCUGCAAAAUUGUGUGGUGGAUUUUAAGCAUGACGAGUAUGCUGUAGUGCCACUGCCAGAAGAUCGCGACCUUCAGGGUUUCUUACCAUUGGAAAAGAGUUUCGAAAGUCUCAGAUUCACGAAUACUGCGCUAGAAGGCGACAUCGCGAUGUUAAACAAAUUGCGGGCCGUACGCAUUCUGCAUUUGGGCCGUUGUCUCACUCAAAAUCGAAUCAAUGGAUCUGCGCCAAUCUCGAUUACGAUAGAGGAGAAAACAGGCGAUAGCAAAUUCACAUCCACAAGCAAUGGCGCUGGACCCAGCAAUGAAUUGAUGAAGGAACUCGAAGAACUUAGCCUGAAUAAGGAAUCGAAACAAUUGAACACUUCGAUGAGCCCGGUACUGUCUGAAGCAGCUAGUAGCAAAAGUUCUGUGGAAACUGACGUCGAGAUUUCGGCAGAUAAGAAGAUUUUUCAAGGCAUCCUUAAGCCCCAAGGUUCCUUAGAACGGAACCGAGACUCGGUAACAAGCGUCAUAGAAACGAGCGGCGGCGAGGCGUGUUCUCUUCCGUGCGCAAGGAAACCGCGGCAAAAUAUAGCAAUGCAGGCAAUUAUGCGGCGCGCGGAGUCUGAGCAAAAACAGGUGACGUUCAAGAAUAUAUCACCUGUGAUCGUCGAAGAAGAGAAUGAUAAGAAGGUGAAAGCAGCGAUUGCUCCGAUCAAUACUUCCAUAGCGAAUAAACCGGCACCGAUUUUAGAGAUGCCUAAAGCUAACGAAACUUCCAAUGCAAACACUCUCGUUAGCGCUUCAAAUCGACUAUCAGCAAUGCCGCUCGCUCCAUCCGCCGGUUCGCAGAGCCAGUCCGCAUUGGUUCAGGGUCAGCAGAGACCUGUGAAAUUGCCGCCUAACAUUCCCAUGCCCGCUCAAUUGGUAGUAGUCAAAGAGCAACAAACUCAACAAGUUGCUCAGCAAAUGCUCCCGCAAUUACACACCAGUGGCAUGGCGGCGAGUCAACAGACCCCGACGUUGGGACCGGUUUGCUAUCCGACUCAAUCGUUUAACGCACAGAAUCCGCAAUUUGCCAACAACUUUAUGACGAAUCGACCACCGUUGACGCCGAACGCGCCACAUUAUCAGAUACAGGGACAACUUAGUAACAAUGGACAACCUAUUUCCACAAUACCGCAGGGCAUCAACGGAAUACAUCAUUCGAUCAAUCAGAGCAGACCAUUACAUCAGAGGAUGCCACAGAACGUGUCCCAUAGUCCUGCGCAGAUGUUACAGCAAAACUUGCGAUUAGGUUCGCCCGCUCAGCCAAGCAUGUUGCCGCAAAAUAUGAAUCUGCCAGCGAGUAAUAUGGGGCUACAAGCAAGCAUAAACGUGGAGCAACAGAAUCACGCCAUUGGAUUGCAACAGCAACAACAGAAUAUGAUGCAGAGCAAUUCUAGAUCGAAUAGCAUGCAUAAUCAAUUGAAUAUGAAUGGUAGUUCAAGUAUGGCAAAUGUAUCGACGAUGAUGUCGACAUUGUCCAUAUACGAGAAGGAACCCCAACAACCCAAUUUAACAACGCUGGUCAAUUCGCAGAGUCCAACGAGCGGAUCUAACUUUCAACUUAAUUUCAAUCAGAACCACUUUAAUCGAAAUCAAACUUUCGUCGGUCAGGGCUCAUUGCCGCAAAGUCAGCCAUCGCCGUCGUUUUAUAAAAAUAAUUCCGACGCGAUGGAUUUUCAAUUCCCGAAUCAGACUAAGAUAGUUAACAAGACUCAACAACCACAGCAACAGCCAGUGACGAAUAAUUAUAACAUGUUCUGCAAUUACGAGCCGACAGAGCACUUUAACUUGUGGAGGGACAGCCGACCGCCCCAACCGCCGAUCGCUUGGUGGGGUUCGUCUGGUAAUACCGCGGCUCAGAUGCAUAUGAAGGAUUCCACUGUUAACGAUAAUGCAUUCUCAAACUGGAGUGAUUCGUCUGUCCUCGGAAAUAUGGCAAGUAGGGUGCCGCUGACGCCUGGUAAAAAUUAUCAGCAGCAACAGCAAAACGGACAACACGGCAGACAUCUUAUGACAGGAAAUAAUUUCGAGGAUUCCAGAUUGUUUGAACUCGAGCAGAAACCUUCUCAACCCGUGAGUACCGGCAAUACUUAUUCCUUGUUCAGCAGUAAUACAUGGAGCACCGUUAAUACGCCGAUCAAUACGAAUUCAACUGGUCAAGACCAGAUGAAGGCACGACUCCAUCAGCAGUCUCUAUGGUCUGGACCGGGUCCUUCCCCGUUAGAGCGGCUUCUCGAGCAACAAAAGUCGCUACGCGAGGGCGGGACCACUUGAAGAGACGCGCCGGAGUCCAUUAAAGAAGGCCAAGCAGUGUAAUAUCGCAUUCAGCGUAUGCCGAUUUAAGUAAUCACACAAGUGUAUGCGCGGCGGCGAAAAAUCACUUAAUUAUUCGAUGAGAGAAAUGCGCAAAAUUCUCAAAAGUAUGUAGAAAGAGCGGAUACUGAGCUCGACUAUAAGAUGCAGCCUGUUAUCCUCGUGGCAUUAUGAUAUGCGCAGAGGUAAUAUAAUCUUCAUUUAUUUUGUAAUUGCAUGUGAGAAAUCUGCAGACACAUUACGUGGUUUUCGGAUUUCUUGCAAAUUAAGAAAAGCGAGACGAGAUAUGAGCAACGAGAGACGGCGAUUUAACCUCAAUUUAUUAAUUUCUAUGGGAAUAAAAUAGGCAAGCAACAAGGGGAAAAAAAUUAUUAGAGGUGCAAAAUGCAGUAGCUCUUAACAUACAUUAAAUUAGAACGCAGGAAAUAAAUGAAAACGUAGAUGUUAAUUACAAGCGAGAGGCGCGUGAAUUUUGUGUUUUGCUGAUGUAUUUAGAAAAUUCGCAAUAAACAUGAAUGAUUUAUCAAAAUCACCUACAUUAUAUCAGCGAUGCAUGUUGUUUUGUUCUUGUAAUUUUGCAGCAACUUGAAUGCUGAAACAAAUCCUAUAUUUAAAAAUUAGAUGGACAAACGAUAAUAAUGUUGGUUGAACACUUCGUUUUCAAUGUAACAGCUUUAUUUCACAUUAUAUAAAAAUAUUUCAUUAACAAGUUUUCUUUCUGUAAUAUUAUAUAUGUAAGUAAUAUCACGUAUAUAUAACAUAAGCACAUAAUACGUACACAUUGCGAAGUGUUCCUUCGUUUUGUCACAACAAGUUUUUAAAAUUCUCAUUUUAGAUCAAUUCUGAUAUCGUUCUAUUUUACUAAGAGAAUAUAAGAGAUGUAGCAAAUAAACAAAAUAAGAUUA